AUGGAUUUAAGCUUGUCUACUGAUGUACUGCCAACUUUACAAAUCAAUGAAGUCAAGCUUGGCUAUUUAAAUAGAUCUGAGCUUGAAUGUUCACUGAAAUACACUUAUCAAGCUUGGCCACAGAAUUUGAAAUUAGCUUUUAACUGGGGAUAUACAGAAACUUCAUCAUCAUCACUUCACACUGCGAUUUUGGACGAUAAUGCGCAAUUCAAUGUUCUAGGACUAACACUUUGCUUAUCACUGAUAUAUUUUUUCCUCUGGAUCGCAUUAAUAGUUGUUGGUACUGCAAAUAUUCGAGACUGUCCAUUAGAUAAUCGGUUACCAAUUUGGAUGAUUGUUUAUGGUUCUAUUGGUUUAAUGGUUGGAAUUAUGUAUAGCUAUACCAGAUUUCCCGGAUUUUGGUAUUUCAUAUUCGUGACAGCACUAGUUGGAGCGGCGAUAAUAUACCCAAAUUACAAUAAAGUUCAGCAUGUAAACAGUCUUGACCCUUUCUAUUGCCCUCAGUCGGUUUACUUUUUGUCAUUUAUUACUGUCACCAUUGAUUUAAUAUUCUUCUGUAUGUCCAUUUUAUGCAUUUGCUUUAUAAUUUGCUACACUAUUUUAGUAUAAUU